UGAAUUUGAGUUAUUUAAAUUUUGUUUAAAGAUUAAGACAAAAACAACGUUCUGACAGAAAGAGAUAUGACGAAUUACUUCAACAGACAAAUAAAUUUAGGAUAAGUAGUUGUGACAAGCGAGCUGGCUACCGAAACAGAUUUUAAACUUAUCUAUUGAAUGCACACUAUCGGAGACCCGGUAUUUUGGUCUUAUCGGUUGCACACAAACGCAACAACCUUUUUUCAAUAUACACACAGAGAAACAAAGUCAUUACCAAAUUAACAUGACAUUCAGGUGACGAAAAGCAUUUUGUAAACAAGUCUCAUUCCGUGCGGUCGCCUAGGUGCUUAGUGAUUAAACAAUUUUAUGUGCUAACAAUAACACUGGUCGUAAUCAUAAUAAAGUAUGUGUCAGUGAUUGUUAUCUUAAGAGUGUAAGGAUUGUAAACAUGUCAACAGCAACCCCAUCGCCUCCGAGUCUACAUUCCGAUCAAGAAGACUCUAGAGAUUCAACUACAUCAGAGUUCUCAAAUCCAGGCUUACCAAAGUACGAUCCUAUAGAGACAUCGCAGAGAGACUGCAAAACUGGCGGAGUGACAUCCCAUGGUGUUGCGGAUAUACUGUCCGAUGGUGUCAGCUACAAUGUCUCUGACAAUGUAUUCUCAGAUUGCAAACCAGAAGCCUUGUCGUCAAUACCGAACGCCUUCGUACAAGAUUACAACUCAAGGGACUCGACAGGAUUCAGCAUACAAGAUAUUCUUGGUUUACACCAAUCUUAUAACCCCGUUAACACCCAAGAAGAAUUAGAACCAAGAUAUGAGUACCACAUGCCAAACUACGAGAAUAUCAGCAACAAUUCAAAUAACUACGGUUCUGGUACAGAAGAAGUAAUCGCGGAAGAUUGUAUCGACAAAAGUGACAACAUUUUCAAUUCAACCGCAACACAUAUUGAAAAUCAAGUAAUUUACUCACGAAGCUAUGUCGCUAAUGAACCUGUUCGCUAUCAUGGAAGAAGUGGUCUAGGCAGCGAUGUCAUAAAAGAUCCUGCAAGAGAAAUCGACGACUUGCACGAUUCUAGUUUUCCCAGUCAGAAUCCUUCAUGGAGUAACAAGUCUCCCUCAAGCACUACUAUUCGAGCUUCUUCGUCUUUGUCAGCUACAGGAAUGUCAACCGAGACAUCUUACCAAAAAGGAUUUACGAAACGAGCUCGCACAGCUUACACCAGCUCGCAGCUAGUCGAAUUGGAAAAUGAAUUUCAUCAAAACCGUUAUCUUUGCCGUCCAAGACGCAUCGAACUCGCGAACUACUUACAACUAUCGGAGAGACAAAUCAAAAUAUGGUUUCAAAACCGAAGAAUGAAGUACAAGAAAGACAAUAAACAUAACAAGCCGUCUUCAUCAGUAGAUGACAGCAGUCCCUCAAGUUCUAAAGAGAUGUCUCCGAGCCAAGAUCACAAGAUGAGUCAUGGGAGAAGCUGUGGGGGACACGACCGGCACAGGCGCCUGCUGUCUGACAGCCACACAUCUCACCACAAAAUCUACCUCCAAUCCAACGACAGCGUCGCAAGACCUCCCGAAUACUCGACAAUCAAUCCAUUGAAAUCUGUGAUAAAAGGGCCGCAGAGCACAAUGGAACUGCCAUCGUAUACACCAAACUUGUCUUAUUCAUCAUACUACACGCAGGGGACGAGUAGGACCGCUUACUCACCGAUGUCUGAGGUUUAUCGGUACAGCAACGAUGAAUCACUGCCACCGAAUGCUAACGCUCUGCCUUCGAUGACAUCUGAUAGCUACGUGCCGAACGGGGCCAACUUGAAGUUGAACGAUGAUUUAGUGCGGUUUAGUGCAGGAUCGACAUACUACAACCCUCUGCCAAGCGGUGUCGUUAUACCGUCUACGACGACUGAUAAUUAUGGAUUUAAUACUUCUAUGUCUUCAACAAUGCCUACGUAUGAAGACAAUAAUCUGCAUUCAAGAACAGGUAAUUUGGGAUUAUCUCAAGACCCGUACUUCUCGUACAUAGCCCCGCCUUCAGACCCGGCCGGUCAACAUGCCUCAACCGCGACUAGUAAAUAUUCUUCCUACAUAUCCUUAUAACACUUACUUAUUACUUAAUUUGUUAUUUCUUAUAUUUUAGACAUGUUAUUAAUUGUAAAUAUUACAAUUUAUGCCAUAAUUGCU